CAGUGGCACAAUUUUUCACAGCUGUGUGUUUUAAAAAUAGAUUGUUCACCAUCACAAGAAUAUUUCGGCCACAAAAACAACUUUUUUCAGUGCUUUUUUCACGAAAAAGUGUGAAAAUACUAUAUGUUUUGCAACUAUUGGCCUUUCUAUUGCUUCGCUGAAUACUUUGGAAACGGUUGUUGAUAUUUUGAUUAGGUUUAAUAUGAGUGAUACUGAUGAAAAAUAGAAUUGAACUGGUCGUUGAAGCUCUGUUCCCGAUUUUCGGCUGCUUCCAUAUUUUCUUCGAUUGUGAUCUAUUCGGCUGCCUGUUAGCUGAAAGCAGGACUCGGAAACAUGAGCGGCAAGGAUAAGGAUAAAUUUCUGUCCAAGCUAAAGCAGUACUUGUCGCGCACUAGCAAAAGUGUUGAUGCUUCCCACCAUGAUCCAAACUAUUUUCCGAUAUCCCCCGAGUUGGAACGAGAGUUGCAGCCGGAAACACCUGUUGGCCAGCGUUGCAAGGCUUUGAAGGAUUUCAGCGACAAUGUGAUGAAAUAUCGCCUGGAAGCGGAUGCAGUGCAGCUCCUGUGGCAAUGGACUAAGGAUCUUAUCGUGGGCAAUAAGUCUACCGAACAGAGGCAUGUUGCCCUCAACUUCUACUGCAAACUGAUUCAAGGGCAGUACGACAACCUGAAGAUGAUGAGGGCUCAAUUUUUUCGGGUGAUUGUUUCGCACGAAGAACCGGAGGAUAUUGAAUAUCGACUGGAGAUGUUGAAAAGUCUUACUGAGAAUGGGAAAAACAUUCAGUACUUUGAGAAGGAAAUUGGUUCCUUUCUCGUGCAAUGGAUCCCGCAGAUAGAGCAAGUAAGCUACAUCAUACAGCUGCUGGAUUUGAUUGUAAACCUCGUCAAAUACAACGCGGCCAGCUUGGAGAAGAACUUCUUGGUCGGAAUCGUCAACUACAUAUUCGACAUAACGUGCAAAGUAGAAGACACCCAAACAAUUCUCAUAUGUCUAUCGGUUCUGGAUUGCUUCAUCUGCUAUGCCAUCAUACCCAAUGAAACGUUGACUCUGUUCAUUGUGAUCCUCUGCCGUACGGUGAACAGGGAAGCCUUUUGCCAAACAUCGUGGAAAAUCAUGAAGAACCUUUUCGGAACGGCCCUGGGGCAUGCGACCCUGCUGACAAUGUGCAACAUCCUGAACGACAAAACGUUCUACCGCGAUGAAGCUCUUCUCCGGGGUGCUAUUUUCCACACCAACGUCGGUUUGUGGGGCGUUAGUGGAUGUGUCGUGCCGAUAUUGAACUGCUCACCGUCGAUUGUGCUGACCAGCUUCCUGAAUGCCCUCAAAAGUGAACACGUUGUUGUCACUUACGAAGUCAUUCUCAGCAUCCAUCGUUUGAUUCAGAAAAAUGGCGCAGACCUCAACGAGCCCACAUGGGACAUCAUUUGCGACAUCAUGAACGAGAUAUCGUCUAAUUUGGCUAAAUAUAAACUGCCCAACGAAAAUAAUGUCGUAAGGCAUUUUCAUGAGACGAUUGAUCUCAUCGAGGAGUUGUUGCAGAAGGGCGAUAUCAAUGCUGAUCCGGAUAAAAUAUAUGGGUUGAUUGAAAAAGUGUCCACCGAACGUCCAGAGGCUUCAGUAAAAGGUUUGAUUGAGUACAUGACAAUGAAAAUAUCAGCAACGCGCCCUCAGUGGUUGUUGGAACUUUGCUCUUUCAUGGAUAGAUUCUAUAAGAUGAAGAACACCAUGAUUAGGGUCCAUGCCGUUCAGGCAUUGGUUCGCAUAAUGGCAAUCAAUCGGGCUAUCUACGAAGAGGAAAUUCUAGAACGAAUUGUAAUAGUACACUUGGGAGGUGUAGUUCACGAGACAGAUGCAGAAGUAAGGAAAGCCGUAGCCGUAGCCAUGAUUGAAUUUAUCUUGCACUGUGACACAAAGCGUUGUUUCGAGUUGCUAGAGAUUGUUGGAAAAAUGCUACAUCGUCCUUAUGAUUGCUACACACAACACGGGACAGUGUUUCAUUCGGUCAAGGAGGUCGAAGACAUUGUUAUCCUGGUCGAUGGCUUGAUCCGUGUUUUCACUGUAAAAUUGUAUCGAGUUCCCUCGACGCAUGCAAUUAAAGUGUACCAUCUGCUGAUGCUGUUGCUGGAAUCACAUUACGAAAAACCGGCGGUUUUACAGCACGUCAAUAUUAUCAGGUAUAAGAUAUUCGAUUGGAUGUUGCAAGCUCGGGCCAAUGCGUCGUUUCACAUUGGCUACCCGGACGCCGAGAAUGGCAACAGAGUUCGAUUCAGUCACUACCUCGGCAUUGAAGGCCCUUAUCAGCACCAGAGUAUGCAAGUACAACAACAGGUAGGCUUAUCACAACAAGCUCAGUCAUCGAGUCAACUGAACCUAGCACUACAAGAAAACAUGAAAACGGCUGACGUCAUGCCCACGACAAAUCUUACAACGAUUUCAAUUAAAAGAGGAUGUCAAACGAUCGUCAAUUGCCUGAAAGAAGAAAAAGAUUGGCAAGUUAUUCAACUGGUGCUGUCCGAGCUGCCGAACAUAAUGGAAAACAAGGCUCUGAUCCAGGGCAAUGAUAUCGAUGCUUUGGCAAAGACACUAUUCAAAAUGUACAACGAUAGGUUGAUGGCAGAGAAGCUAAUGGGAUACCAAGCUAAACCCACAUUGUCCGAUAUACAUGAUUUGGUUUUGUCAGCUUUAGCCAGUCUGGCUUCGUACCAUCAGUUUCUUGAGGCAAAUACUAAGAAAAGUAUAAUCGAUAUCCUCAAAUCGGGUUUGAUUUCAAGAAAGCCACAGGUUUGCAUUCAAACGCUUACAGUUCUAUUGCUAGAAAUGCGCGACCCUUUGGUCGCCAGGCUUGGCGAUCUGUUGUUUGAACUAAGCAAGAUGGCCAACACGACUAUAGUUGCUCUCCCGGUACUUGAAUUCUUAUCGACGCUGAGUCAUCUGCCAAACGAUCGCAUUGCAAAUUUUCGGGUCGUAGAGUUCAUGUAUGUGAUGGCCAUGUCAUUUCCAUACACGAAUCCCUACCGCUAUGAUCACUACACCGUUUCCCUGGCGCAUCACGUAAUCGCGGGUUGGUUUUUAAAGUGUCGACUUCCGAUGCGCAAAAGUCUCGUUUACUACAUAGUCAAAGGUCUCGAAUCAUAUGUCCACAUACCAUUCCAAGAUGGGUCCAAACAGCGCACAGACUAUUCGACAGCCAAUGAAGAUUCUUCAAAUCGGAAGCGAAGUUCAAGCCUUACUGAACAAGGAUCCAAGCGAAAGGAUCGCACCGCUGUUCAACAGCAGCAGCAACAGCAGCCAACUUCUCAACAGCGAUCCAAUAAACCACCUUUCAACAGCGAUUUGUACAAUUUUCAUUCCGAACUGGCGGAAACUUGCAUCGAUUUCAUGGCUAACCAUACGUUUUCGCCGUGUUCGGGUUUGGCUAAGCGGAACCCUGCAUCUGAGUUUCUCCUUAAGGGUGGUCAAUCGAACACAUGGCUUUUGGGGCACAAUCUUAUCACCAUCACUACCAGCGGAUGUUCGGCAGUUCCGUUUAGGAAUGGGCUAUGUGAUCGUUGCUACGCCACAUGCAGGGAAAGCGCUACCAGUAAAACGGAUCCGAGCACUUCUACCACCGGACUGCCAAUGUCUCCCGAAUCAACGAGUGUUGCAUCGAACAAGGACUCUGGAAUUGCUGUGCCGGGAAGUGCCAGCACUACUGGUGCCGAAGGGCAGUCUGUCCCUAACAAAAGGUAUACCAAAGCAAGUUUACAACACAGUAGCGCCAACGAAUCGGACAGCACCGAUUUGACGAGUUCGACAUCUUCCUCGACGGCAGCAACACCGUUUCCUCAGAAUGCAAUACCAACCACAACCAACCGGUUCUUCCGCCAAGGCUCCCAUGAGGGUUACUCUUCUGGAUCAUUGGAGACUUUGUCGCGACGGGGUAGUAACCCAGAUUCAGUAGACUAUGGUCCAACAACCGCUGGUAGCGAACAACAAACCGUUAAACAACCCGAUGGUCGAUCCGAUGCGGGCUUGGUAACGACUCUUGGUAACAAGUUGAUUUUACCGCAGCAGCAAUCAUCUAGUAAUACCAAUAGCAGUACGGUUGUAAGUGGUACUGUAGUGGACAAACCAAUUCAGUUAUGCGCAUGUUCUUGCACCGGUUGGGCAGAAAUAUGUAUUCGGCGUCCGACUGGGGUGGUGUCCUGGAUGAUGCGAGUACAAAACCAAAUUAACUACGAUGCUACAUCUGGAGAGUUCCCACUGCAAGACUUGACUGCGUUGUUUGCGCCAAGUCUCGGUGGGGGUAUUGUUGGAGCAAAUGUACUCAAUCGAAAUAAUCCUCAUUUGAACGCUUCUAAUGCUUCUGUAAAUUUCCAAGCAACCGUUAGCGCUACUGUGAAUCUUUCGCAUGAAGAACUAGAUACGGUUCCAACACAGCAACUACCACAGACUCUUGCCCCAGCGUCCGUUGCUCCUAAAGCGAAGGUAUCCAUAUCGGAUGAGGUUUUUGAAAUAAAAAAGGAUGAAGAAAGUAGCGAUGCUGGAGAUGAAGAUGGAUACGAAGAUGUACUGAUAUCUGGAAGAGACGGAGCUACUGGUCCUAUCGACAUACCUUGGCAUACCAAGAAAAGCAAAUCUGGAGAUGAAAACGAUGAUUCGAACCUUUCUGCUGAUAUGAGAGAUGACGAUGACAACCCGGAUAUUGCUUUUGAUGAUCCUGAGGGGCGCUCAAGAAAUCCUGUGCGCAGGGUUAAUUCUAGUCCCGAAAUGAGCUCCAAUUGGAAGAGUCAGUUUUUAAGUAAAAUAAGCAAAGAAGGCCCCAUAGGGAUGCCGACCGAUGGUCAUGAUACUCUGCUUGAAAGUGAUGUACAGCAGAAGAAAAAGAAUUACAGCAAGGGCGUAAGCUGCGAAGCAAUUCCGGAAGAAAUUGCCGGUUCUACUCCUCCUAGUGUUCCACGUAACCCUGUACAAAGCGAGGUGAAUGACAAUGUUACCAUUCGUGCAUCAGGAAAUGUGAAACACCAAGGUGACUUUCAUGCACUGGGAGCCACAUUGCAUCCUUCUGCGUCUCUCCCAGAAUCUGCUGGACCAGAAGCAUCUGUCAAUGUUGUGCCACGCAAGCAACAUUCAGCAGAUGAGGCAUUUUCAGCCAAAUCUGAUGCAACUAGUUCAUCGACUGAAACGAUUGCCUCUUCAGCUAUGAUGCCAGCAAUAACUCCAACCUUAUCGUCUUCUUCGCUGAAUUUGAAGCUGCCGAUGGAGAAAGUCACUACAAAACCACCACAGUCUCCUGCUCCACUUUCUCCUAGAUUGCUAGCUCGCAAUCCAAUCAAUGGAAAAUUGUCCAACUCUGGUACUGCGUCACCAUCAUUCCCAGCUAUAACUGCUGGCGGAAUCAGUCAUGGGAUGCAUUCGAAUGAAAACGACAUACCUAGAGGACGGUCCAAAACAAUUUCCGUCGUUCGAGAGCAUUACAGCAGAGACAAGCUCAACCGCAACAAUCUUGCUAAUGCAAGAUUGCGAAAUGAACCAUCUGGAAUUGGAACAGCUUCCCGGUCCGUUAUCAGUCCCAGUUUCGUGUUCUUGCAGCUCUAUCAUAGUGGUACUUUCGGCACAUCCGAUAAACCUAUUCUCAUGGACAAAGAAGUAUGCGACAGGGCUAUACAUCUGCUGGAUUUGAUUGCACCUUUUGAAAAGCACAAGAUCGGUGUUCUUUACGUUGGACCGGGACAAGCCGGAUGUGAAUCUGAAAUUCUCAAAAAUCGCUUCGGUAGCUUGAGAUAUGCAAAGUUUCUAAGAAAGCUUGGAACACUGGUAGCCAUUAAAGAGGCUAAAGAGAACAACUUCUUCAUCGAUUUGGAAUCUAACGGUAAAGAUGGUAAUUUCACCUACAUUUGGCAGGAUGACAUUGUGCAGGUAACUUUCCACGUAGCGACACUGAUGCCAAAUAACAAGCAAGAUCCCAACUGCAACGAAAAGAAGAAACAUAUUGGGAACGACUUUGUAACGAUUGUUUACAAUGAAAGUGGAGUACCUUAUAAUUUGAAAACCAUUAAGGCACAAUUUACCUACGCCUGUGUGGUUAUCGAACCCAUAGAGCUGGAGAGUAACCGUGUAUUUGUACUCGCCCGAGACGAAAUAGCGCAGCACGUGUGCAGUAAACCGAAGAUCGUUUCAGAUUCCAGCGCACCGUUAUUGGCUCGUCAAAUGGCACUACACGCUAAUCUGGCAUCACUAGUGUCGCAAUCCUUGAAGAUUAAAAACCAAAACCCGUACGCAUCCAAUUGGCUGGAGAGAUUGCGUUACAUAAAGAACAUUCGGGCCAAAACGACCAAUAAUUCGGAUCAAUCGCAGGAACAAACCGGCCCUGGUGGAGGAACUCGAAGUGCUGGAGGAAGUAUUGGAUCGGCUCAGGACCUCAGUACGGCUUCAACCACUCGUGGUGAUGAUUUCACACUUUACACUCAGUAGAUCAACAUGUGCUAUGGAUUAUGUAUCGCAUCAAUUAUCAAAAAAUACUAUCAUUACAAAAUUGCAUCUACUAUCUAGGCAAAUAAACGAAAAAUGUAUUGCCUGGCGCUUUGAUUGAAGUGUUUUCAUCGAUAGUUCUUAGAAACUCAAAGGCUUCAAAUAAACAUCGUUCAAUAAUCUGUUAUAUAGAAAA